UUUGUUUUUAGCAGAACGGCGAGUGAUCUCGACCGGAGAAGAACUCGGACCUCUAAAAUCUAUAGGGAGAAUCCGUCCAAGCUUCUCUCCAUGGCGACUUCUUCACUCUUCCAUCUUUCUGCUCCACCGUCGUUAGCCAUCGACAGCUCAAAGUCGUCUUUCCUCUGUGGUACUCAGCUGCCUUUACCUUCCUCUCGUUUGAGAACUUCAUGUCGCAGAUAUGUCCUAUCUCCCUCCGCCCAACAAUCCAUGGACCACAUUCCUAAGCAGUUUAGAGGAGAAAAUCUCAAAGAUGGAUUGAUUGAGAACUACAAGAAUGCUCCUAAAUAUCUUUAUGGCCUUACACCUUCACAAAUGGACAUGUUCAUGACAGAAGAUAAUCCUGUGCGGCGACAGUCAGAAUUAGUUACUGAGCAAAACAUAUCAUCUUCCUACAACUACUUGAAUCAUGGAGGAAUGUGGAGUCUAACUGGCAUGGAUGGGAAGGGUCCCGCGAAAUAUAGUAUGAGCGUUAGCAUGUAUCGUGGGGGAGGAAGAGCAGCUGGACGACCUCGAAAUGCUCCUCCUGAUUUGCCCUCUUUGCUCUUAGAUGCUCGUAUAGUCUAUUUGGGCAUGCCUAUUGUACCGGCAGUGACUGAGCUUCUUGUUGCUCAGUUUAUGUGGCUUGAUUAUGACAACCCUUCGAAGCCCAUAUAUCUCUACAUAAACUCUCCUGGGACUCAGAAUGAGAAGAUGGAGACGGUUGGAUCUGAAACUGAAGCAUAUGCUCUUGGAGAUAUGAUGUCUUACUGCAAAUCGGAUGUUUAUACCGUUAACGUUGGGAUGGCAUUCGGUCAAGCGGCAAUGCUUUUGUCACUUGGAACCAAGGGUUACCGUGCUCUCCAGCCUAACUCUUCCACUAAACUAUAUCUGCCUAAAGUAAAUAGAUCAAGUGGGACGGUUAUAGAUAUGUGGAUUAAGGCUAAAGAACUCGAUGCCAACACCGAGUACUAUCUCGAGCUACUAGCUAAAGGAAUUGGUAAGCCCAAGGAAGAGAUUACUAAAGAUAUCCAACGAUCCAAAUACUUCCAAGCACAAGAAGCUAUUGACUACGGCAUUGCAGACAAGAUUAUCACCUCUCAAGAUUCCGCCUUUGAAAAAAGGAAUUACGACGAGAUGCUUGCACAGUCAAAAGCUGCGAGGAGAGGAGCAGGAGGCAAUCCACAAGCGGCGCCAACUGGGUUCAGAUAAUUAGAGAUAGUCUAUAAGUGUACAAAUAGAAGGUUCCAUAUCCCCACUAUUAGCUAGCUACAACCUCAGAUAAGCUUUAUAAUUAUUUAUGUCCUCUCUUUUUCGUGUUCUCGGGGUUCUGGUUUACUUCUGAAGCACUUGAUAACCAAGCACCACCAAUAUGAUCUUUAUAGGCCAUUGUAUAAAAGAUUCUCUCAUUAAGGCAUUAUGAAUUAAUGUGAUGUUUUCUAAGCA